AAUUCCAAUCAGCGAUUUACUAAAAGCACGGUAGCUUAUUGCGAAGCGCUUCAAAUAUGCUUAGUUGCUAAUGUACAUACAUGUCUGAACUAAUAAUAAAGAAGAAACUUAAAUUCUAAUCAAUAAACCACACACAGACUCCCCCGCAUGGCUUUGCCCUCCAGCAUACAUAGAUUUUGACUUGCGCUGUUGAAUCUAUUUAUAAUAACUAUCUUUUUCUUCAAUCGAUAAGCUCAAAAGAGAUUUAAUAUAUGCUAUCCAAUAUUCAAAAUGUAUCUCAGUGGAUACCGAUGUCGUCCCGUUAUUACAAGUACAAAGCAUCACCCGCUGUUCUAGUUUAAUAGGUUUGCGAUUCAUCUAAAGCGGUCAAGUGUUUACAAUCGACUAUCGUAUAGAUAUACUUUUUAGUACGAGCUCAAUAUACCAACACUAACAGCUGUAUAGAUGCUUUUUUGAUAUUGGGUCAUUUAUUAUGCUCUAUACCCUGUAUCUAUCCAUUGACCUUCACAACAAGCGCUACCAUUUUUUCCAGCCCAGCAUUUUAAACUGUGUGCCGGUGGGAGCAUCCUGCACCGCGCUCUCUUCCUUCUUUCACUCUGUCUUUCCUUACUUUAAACGUGGAGCAACCAUGGUCGAUCAGGACCCUCCCAACGUGGAACCUGGUCAUGGUUCCAAACAAAAGAGUCCUACUCCUGUGAAAACAGGUCCUGGGAGACGGUCAACAAAGAAACAAGAAAAGAUCUUAGAUCGGCCCAGAACAUUGUUUGAUACGGACGGAAAUAUCAGCUCACAGAAUAUUCUGGAUCCUGAAGCCAGCCCUGCUCGAUCGACGCGCAAUGCCCGAAAGCAGUUGGCAACCGAUGACUACGACGACAACAGCAAUGGAUUGUUACCUCCUAUUAAACGACAAAAACUCUACGAUCAUCGACCUAUGCGUGGACGCGGGCGAGGACGACCGCCGAAACGAACAAAGCAGAAACUUUUGGAACAAAACCCAGCAACGCCUUUAGACCAAGUGCGUAACGGUGUGUUGAGUGACAAGGCUAAAGAACUACAGACUAUUUACGAACAACAUGCCAAUAACCUCAGGGAGCUAUAUCAUCUCGAGGUCAAUCAAAACAUGUUGGACUACAACCCUAGUGCGUUUGCGCCUGGUAGUUUCCUUGACGAGCGUUUCAACAAGUUUGCCCAACCGUAUGACUUAUGGGAAAGAGCGGCUGUAUAUUUGGGGAGGAAUGAUUUGGUCCAUAUGCUACAGGAUGUGUUUGCUGAAAGCAGUACAGCAGUGGCGUCAUCCUCAGCGGCGAAAAAGGGCGUUCAAAUUUAUACCGGCAGCGAAGUUCGACGUUUCAUUCGACAAUACCCAACACUAAACGAUUACUUAUCGACUUUUGUGUCUAUCGAUGAUAACGAGGAUAUUACGCCAGAAGAGGCUGAUGCCGUUGUGGAAAAGGAGGCAGGUAUACGCGAACGGAUUAAUGCACUCAACGCGCGAGGCGGGUUUUCGACCCGUCUACAAACAAUCGCCAACCGACGACCUCAGUUCGAACGUAACAGAAACGAUAGCGUGCACGAUGCAGUCGUUGCACAGGCAGUGACUACAUCCAAACUCUUUGCAAGCAACUCAAAACAUCGACGGAAUGCGGCUCGGAAAUGUGCUAAAGCGAUCGAACGACAUUGGGAACUUAUUCGGACACAUGACGAACGGUUGCAAAAGAAUGAGGAGCGGAGGAUGAUGCGGCUGGCGAAACGUACUGCGCAACAUGUAAUGAAAAAAUGGAAGGUCGUGGAGCGCGUGUGCGAGGCUCGAUACAAGGAAAUCCUGAAAGAAGAGCAAGCACAAGAAGGUCGUCGGCACCUGCAAAAGAUCCUUGAGCAUUCUGAGCAAAUGCUCGGUGUACGCAUGGAAGAGCUCACGUCACGCAAAGCGGCAGCGGCAUCAGCAGACGAAUCGCCAACUCCCCCACCAGUAAUAUCUUCCUCGUCUUCAGUAAUAACGUCUCGAACUAACGAGCCGGAUGCGCCAACGCCAGACAAAGUUACGGCAGCAGCGGCACCCACAACAUCUGCAUCAACUGUAUCGGAUGAAGAAUUUUCGGCAGACGAAGCGGGAGAAGACGACGAUCACGUGAUUUUUGAUGAUGAAGGGGAGAGUGAGGACGAUGACGACGAGUUACGGGAGCUCGAAGCAGAUCAGGAUUUGGACGUCGAAGAGCUGAUUAAAAAGUACAAUUACCGGUUGGAAAGCGAAGAUGAAGAAGAAGAGAAGGAGGAGAAGGAACAACAAGAAAAUGUACGGGAAGAAGGGGAAAACGAAUCCGACGUGGAAAUGACGGAAAAAGAAACACCUGCAGCAGGUUCUGCAUAUGAAAAGGUGGAGAAAGACGAUGUCAAUGUUGUGGAGCUCGAAACUCUAGAGUCGGAAGUAGAGGAACAGGAACAACAACAGACACCGGAGGAUGUAAUGGACGAAGAUAAAGAGGCUGUAGAAGUGGAGCAGCAACAGCGGCAUACACAGGAGGAGGAGGAGGGUGUCGACGACGAUGACGAUGAUCAGACUGUCACGGUGUACGGCUCAGACAUGACCGAUGUUGAAGAAGAGGACGGAGAACGCCGGAAGAGAACCAAAAACUCGAACCAAAAAAAUUCGCAAAACGUUGUGGCAACGGCAUCGGAUGCGACGACGAGCACUGCAGUUUCCCAGCAACCUACUGCGCAGCCAACCGGGACGACGUUAUCCACAACAAAAGUGGACACUCAAAUCCCGUUUCUCCUACGUGGCACGCUGCGUGAAUAUCAGCAUGUCGGUUUGGACUGGCUGGCGAGUUUGUAUAUCAACGGCCUCAAUGGCAUCUUGGCAGACGAGAUGGGUCUUGGCAAAACAAUUCAGACGAUCUCGCUGCUUGCAUAUCUGGCAUGCGAAAUGGGAAUUUGGGGGCCUCAUCUUAUCGUGGUGCCAACAAGCGUGAUUUUGAACUGGGAGAUGGAAUUCAAGCGCUGGCUGCCGGGUUUCAAGAUUCUUACGUACUAUGGUACUCCGAAAGAGCGCAAGGAAAAGCGAUCUGGCUGGUCCAAGGAGAAUGCGUUUCAUGUAUGCAUCACGUCAUAUCAGCUGGUGAUACAGGAUCAGAAUGUGUUUAGACGCAAGGCAUGGCAGUAUUUGGUUCUUGACGAGGCACACCACAUCAAGAACUUUCGGUCGCAGCGUUGGCAAGUCCUGCUCAACUUCAACUCUGCCCGCCGACUGCUGUUGACAGGCACGCCACUGCAGAACAAUCUCAUGGAACUAUGGUCGCUGCUCUACUUUUUGAUGCCUAACGGCGUUUCCGAGUCCAUGCCCAUUGGAUUCGCAAGCCAAAAGGAGUUUCAAGAAUGGUUCUCCCAUCCGGUGGACCGCAUGAUAGAAGGACAGCAAGGGAUGGACGCUGAUUCACGGGCAGCGAUCCAGAAACUACACAUAGUGUUGCGGCCGUACCUUUUGCGACGACUCAAAGCUGAUGUGGAGAAGCAGUUGCCUGAGAAGCACGAGCACGUGGUCUAUUGUCGUCUAUCUAAGAGACAACGCUAUCUGUACGAUGACUUCAUGAGUCGCGCAAAGACCAAGGAGACUUUGGCAAGCGGCAAUUUCCUCAGUAUCAUCAAUUGCCUUAUGCAACUCCGCAAGGUGUGUAACCACCCGGAUCUCUUUGAGGAGCGGCCGAUCACUACAAGUUUCGCAAUGGAUGACCAAGUCCAGUGGUCAGGACAACUUCUUGAAUCGCGUAUCCGCAAGCGCUUCAGUGUAUAUCCACCAGAUUUGAACAGCGUCAACCUGGUUAUUUCUCGCAACGAAGACAUGUCGAUGGCUGUGGCAGAAGCAUAUAAUCGACUGGAUGCAGCCAAGAGUUUCGUUCGCGCUAUUGCCAAGCAUCAAACCUAUAUUGACAUUGCAGAAGCGCGUGGCAUUACGUCGAGUCGCUACCAAGAUCUCAGAAGCUACGGUGGACGCUAUGGCUACCACGAUCUAAAGAAAUACCAAAAAUACCGGCAGUUGGAGCAGCAUUGCGACGCAGUCGAUCGUUGGGAAUCCAUCAUGUCCAUCAACAAGUUUCGGUGCGUGCGGAGACCCAUUUUGGGCGCUAGUCUGAUUGACAUGUGUCUGACAGCCACACAAGGAUACAAACGAGUGUACUUCCCAUCGGCAAGCCAUGACGAGCGCAGCUAUCUUGAUCGAAGCGACAUCAUCCGUAGUCUCGUAUUAGGCUACAAGGAACGGGUCGACUGCAACCUGGACAUUAUUGAACGCUAUGGAUUUGUCACCCCAGGGGCUGUGAUCCAGCACUCGACCACGGCUGUACCUGAGCUUGUGCCGUCGGAUGCACCCAUGCAAGUGCAGGCCAGACUGCGACAAGCGCUGAAUAACGACAUAUUCCAUCCCAUCCAGUCACGACUCUCUAUAGCAUUCCCUGAUAAGCGGCUGCUGCAGUAUGAUUGUGGCAAGCUGCAAAAGCUAGACGCAUUGCUAAGGCAGCUUGCAGCUGGUGGACAUCGUGCGUUGAUAUUUACUCAGAUGACGCGCGUACUGGACGUUCUGGAGGUUUUUCUGAAUAUGCAUGGUCACCGGUACCUGCGACUCGAUGGCGCAACCAAGAUCGAGCAGCGCCAGGUGCUGACGGAACAGUUCAAUAGCGACAAACGUAUCCUGGCUUUUAUUCUUUCCACCCGCAGUGGUGGUCUUGGGAUCAACCUAACAGGCGCAGACACAGUCAUCUUUUAUGACUCUGACUGGAAUCCGUCGAUGGAUAAACAAUGCCAAGACCGCACACAUCGUAUUGGACAGACACGCGAUGUACACAUAUACCGUUUUGUCACAGAAUAUACCAUUGAGGAAAACAUCUUCAAAAAGGCCAACCAAAAAAGACUCUUGGACAAUGUGGUGAUCCAAGAGGGUGGCUUUACGGACGACUACUUUCAAAAGAUGGACUGGUGGCGCGAUUUGCCUGAGGUGACUGGAAAAGAGACCAAUGCAGUAACGCCGACCAUGGACAUUGAACAAGCACUACUGCAAGCAGAAGAGGACGAAAACGACGCACGUGCAGCAAUCACGGCGCGCAACGAGAUGGAUAUGGAUGAGCGAGAGUUCAAUGAGACGCGUCAGUCGCGUAGCCCUUCAGACUCACCUAAGCCCUCGACAUCGGCUGUUGUCACACCUGCAGCUGUCAGCGGGGCAGAUGACGAGGAGGGUCUUGACGAGCCGAUGGCUGUAGUGGAAGAAGAAGAAGAAGAAGCAGCAGCAGCAGCAGCAGCAGAGGAAGAAGAAGAGGGCAACGACGAAGAAGAAAUGCAACUAGCAGUCGGACACGUCGACCAGUACAUGCUACGCUUCUGGGAGAGAGAAAUGUUUGGCCGUUUCCUUGGCUUUGGCGGCUUGCCCGAUCAAGAAGAACUUGAAAGCUAAAAAAAAAAGCACACAAAAAGAUACAAGUCACCCUUAUUCUAACUGUACACUGCCCCGAUCACACAUAUAACAGCACACAUACACAUACACAUCUUAACCUACAUAUUCUCGCACCUUACCACUAGCACUACCAUCCCUCUCUUCCCCACACCACGCAUACAUACGCAUAUAUUGCAACAGUUUUUUGUAAAUAUAUACCUUUUUUUUCCUCAAUUGAGAGGACGAGGAUGUUCUUUGGAUGGGAUAGGGGAAGCAAGCAUGCCAAAUUUAAAGGGCGCGGGGGUUGGUUUGAGUGGGGAGAGCUGGAGUUAUCAAAAGAGAGAAGGGACGAUAGUGUCCACGUCAUGCACUUGAAUGGUCUGUGUGCACGAAUUUUUUACCAAUUGUGGAUGCACACCGGCUGUGCAGAAUAAUAGAGGGGAGCAGCAGUGUGCGAGUGGUCGAGAGUCAAAGAACAG